UGUCCUUGCAGCAGCUCAGAAGAACCAAACUGAGCUCAUGAUAGGGUCUCAUUCUCUUCUUGUCUCUAGUGUAGUGCGGCAGGGAAAAGGAUUAGCCACUGUGUCAUGAUUCUUUGAUCAUAUCCUAGCACAGCAAGGGAUAGGUAGUGGAAGGAAGAGGGUGAUUCAAGGUCUUCAGCCUCUCAGAGUUUGCAGAUGGAGGCCACAUCUAUCUUCCUCUUCUCUGUCUGCCAACCAGCAGGGGGUAUCAAGCUCGGAUGACCUUCCCAUUCAACAGAGCCUGCUCUUAUCAGACAGUAUCAAUGGUUUGAGGAAUAUGCGGUCACGGUUAUAUUCAGCAGCAGAAUAUUUUGAACUGUCUUACAUGAAUGAUGAUGGAAAAGAAAUGGUGAUGAGGAAUUUGAAAGAUUAUGCUGUUCAGGCCACAGCUAAUGCCGUGGAUCAUUUAGGUUCAGUGUCAUAUAAGGUAGACAACCUUCUCAAUUACGAGGUUGAUGAGGUCUCUGUAGCAACUUUUGAAGUAUCAUGCAUGAAGCAGAGACUUCGAACGUGCCAAACACGUAUCGAUCAUGAAGGUCUUUCUCAACAGUCUCUUUUGAUCAAACCUCCAAAGUAUCACAAGCACUACAUUCUACAAGGUCAAUCCACAGCUGAUUCUGGUAUAUCUAUGCUAAAGUGCCAAGGAUUCUAUCCACCUAAGGAGAACAGCAAACUGAAUCAUCAUCAGACUGCUUCUACAACAACUAGGCAUUGGCAAUCUCCAAUCAAGUAUGCUGUUCUCCAUUUUAAGAACGUUCAUUCACGGUCUCCUUCACCCUGUCCUUCAAAAAGUGAACAGUAUUUAUCACCUUCUCAGUCGAUGCAUUCAAUUGAGAAGAUCUCUUACAAUGCUUAUAAUCCACUUACAGGUGCAAGAUCAGCAGCAAGCAGACCAAACAUUCCCAACUCAUCGAAGAAGUAUAUUAUGGAGACACAGAAUUCACUUCCAAUAUGUUUGCAUGCUGAAAGGAAAAAUCACAGUGAGACAGAGAGGAAUCCAACCAGAAAAAGAAGGUUCCUCAAUGCCCUGAUCAUGAGGAACAGGUCAUUGACUGAUGAGUCUCUCUACAGCUUCUUGAAUGAAUAUUAAGGAUUUCUACAGAAAUCUAAAAUAGAUGAAAAUAAUAAACCAUGCGAAAGCAUUUCCUUCAUUUUUGUUGAUUCAAAAGCAUUGGCUUUCAUGCCUCUUCUGCUGUGUGUCUUCUUGCAAGGCAAUAUAUAUGGUACCAAAAUCUGAAUCAAAUAGUAUUCCA